AUGAAAUCCCGUUUGUGUUCUUCUGCAAGAAAUCUCCCUGGUGUUCCUAGUACAUGGAAUCGCCCAAGUGUUCCUUGCGCAGGAAAACACCCUGGUGUUCCUUGUACAUGGAAUCGCCCAAGUGUUCCUUGCGCAGGAAAUCGUCCUGGUGUUCCUUGUACAUGGAAUCGCCCAAGUGUUCCUUGCGCAGGAAAACACCCUGGUGUUCCUAGUACAUGGAAUCGCCCAAGUGUUCCUUGCGCAGGAAAACACCCUGGUGUUCCUUGUACAUGGAAUCGCCCAAGUGUUCCUUGCGCAGGAAAUCUCCCUGGUGUUCCUAGUACAUGGAAUCGCCCAAGUGUUCCUUGCGCAGGAAAACACCCUGGUGUUCCUAGUACAUGUAAUCGCCCAAGUGUUCCUUGCGCAGGAAAU